GAGCGCUCAGCGACAGCAGCUCCUCUUAAGUGGCUCGACCUUCUCCUUUCUCUCCUUCUCGUUUGUUCUUCUGUCAUCAAAGAUGCGCAGAGCCUUACUGGCGCUGUUUGUCGCUUUAACGGGUUUCUCCUCACAAGCCGCCGCGCAGCCUCCCAAAGCGGGCUUGUGUAAUCUCGACGAGUGCUACGCGAUCCACCGGGGCGCUGCAGACUUUGAAACGGCGAGCGACGUGUGCAGAAGUCGAGGGGGCCACCUGAUGACAGUCCGAUCGACGGUACACAGCGACAUCAUUUCCAUCCUAAAAGAGAACCUGCAGGGUCGCUUGUGGAUUGGACUUGAGCUGCCCGCUGGACGCUGCAGCGACCCUUCAAAAGCACUACGUGGAUACCGAUGGGUAACCGGAGAAGAAGCUACGGACUUCACGCAGUGGAGCGCGCAGGACUCAAGUGAAUGUGGUCGGCGGUGUGUUUCUAUUUCUAUCGGUCAGCUGUGGGAAGAAAGUUCCUGUCUGGAGGCGGCUGAUGGGUUUCUCUGCGAAUAUAACUUUAACGAAACCUGCCAAGCCCCCGAGCUCAAGGGGAUCUCGCUUACCUACCGCACACCUUUUGGUUUUCAAACGACAGAAACAACUCGCCUGCCACCUGGGACCAUAGCAACUGUCUCGUCCUCGGGUGUCAAACGCUACUGCGGCAUUGAUGGUACGUGGGCACUCGGACCCUGGGAUUGCCAAUCUGAAAACGGAGGGUGCAGCCACAAGUGCGAAAUGGAGCGAACUAAAGCGAAGUGCUUCUGUCCUGAAGGGUUACAGCUAGAGGAGAACCAAGUGACAUGUGAGACCCCAGAUCCAUGCAGGGACCACCCCUGUGAGCACCUGUGUCUACCCCAGAUGGACCGUUACCUCUGCACGUGUCGAGAGGGCUACAGACUGGGCGAUGAUGGCUCCACAUGCCUGGACGUGGAUGAGUGCCAACUGGCCCGAGUCUGCGAAGCCGGCCAGGUCUGCGCCAACACGCCGGGCAGCUUUCAGUGCGCCUGCCCAGCGGGGUACCGAAUGGUCAGCGGGAGGUGCGAAGGCUACACGCCGAGUCUCAAAGUGGUAAAGAGAGCGGGGUGCCCACCGGGCUUCGAAAUGGUGAACGGGAUGUGUGAAGACCGAGACGAGUGCGAGGCGGCCCCUUGCGAACACGAGUGCGCCAACACGCCGGGGAGUUUCGACUGCUACUGUCUCGAGGGGUUUCGCCAAAAUAAGUUUGAACCCACCAAAUGUGACGAGGUCUGUCAGAGCGAAAUGUGCACGGCGACAUGCGACCCGAACAACGAGGACACGUGUGACUGUCCAGAGGGGUACGUGCUCGACAACGAGGGGACCAAUCAAGUCUGCGUGGACAUCGACGAGUGCGACAGCGGCACGUUUUGUGAGCAGCUGUGUGACAAUUCGUUUGGAAGUUACACCUGCCACUGUAAAGGCGGAUACGAGCUUCAAGACGACGGCUAUUCGUGCACACCGUUCAACGUGACGAGCGUCACUCCUGUAGAACCUGUCACCCCGACUGCCAACGUCACUGUCAUCGAGCCGUCGGCGAUGUUACCCGGGGUGCUCCUUGGGGUCCUCAUCUGCGUCCUCGCCAUCGUCAUCUUAGUGUGCUGUGUGUACCGAGCGUUCAGACAGCGGGCAAAGUGGCAGGCGGCCGCGGCGACAGAGUCCAAGACCACCGAUCUGGACCGGGACGGUGGGCUUCAGCAAGUCACCACUGACAAAUGCGUCAAGAAAUAUUCACUUGUGAGCAAAGAUUUAAAGGCGCACACGUGACACGCUCUUAUUGAUGCGGUACUAACUUUAUCGAUUGUUUUCUUUGAAAACGAUGGCAGUUACAGGUAGACACAAGAAAAUGGACACCUUUAUAUAUCUGUGCAAAUGUAGGCAUAAUACUGGGCGGUGAAACGCAUCCUUAAAUAUUUAUAACGCGACACUUGUGCCUUUUGAGAAAUACAAUUUAUGACACUUU